AUGAAGCUCUGGCUGUUUUUCCUAUUUAUAGCUCUAUUGACAUCAAUAGAUGUAUUCGUAGUCUAUGACGAUUAUACAAGUAUUAAUAUACCCCUUUUCAAGAGUAGCUUAUUGUCAAGCUGAUCUUUAUCAAAAGAAAUUAAUGCAGAAUUUAUUGAUUUUCCAUCAUUUCUCAACGAAAAUCCUGAAAAUAUUCAAAUUGUAAUUGAUCUUACCUCAAGUUUCCAGUCUCACUUUUACAUUUCACAGCUUGCUUGGAGAAGCCAUUUUAUACAUUUAACUCGAGAAAAUUAUAGUAAGGCUUAUACUGACUGGUCUUUUUCUUUAAAUCUGAAUGUUGGUGAGUAUUUUAUAGCUAUGAAGAAUGUGUGACAAAAUCUCAAUUGAAUGAAAGGUGCUGUAUUUCUUUCAUUGGAAUCUUUAUUACUUAGAGAUUCAUUACACGAUCAAAUAGUCAAUAAUUUUUAUUAUGCUAUUAUAGAAAGCAGAUCAGGAAUUUCUGAAGUUAUUAAUAGAGAAGUAUACAAUUUAGGACAAAAUUUAUAUUUUCUGUUUACAGGGAAUGAAGUUUCUGAAGAAAUCGUCAAAAAAUUAGUAGAAACUAAACUUUUAAGUGCAGGAAGUGGCUUGUUUCUUACACAAGAAUCUGGAUACCAAGUAACGCUUGAUGGAUCUUUGAUAUUAACCCCUAGAGGACAAGAAUAUACAACAUCAGCCCAGGAAUCUUUAAUAGCAAACAUUAUCAAUUUAUUUGACCUAUUACUCGAAUAUUUAAACAAAGGCGACAAUUAUAUGGACUGCGAAAUUUCAUUAAAAAACGCAUUUAUUUCGUUAUGUGAAAAUCAUUUCUGUACUCAUUUUUACAGUUUAGUGAAUAUUCAGUCAGGAAAAAGGGUGUAUAUAGCCGACGCUUUCUCUUCAAAUUUUUCAUCAAUAAUUUUCCCAGAAGGAAAUACUAUAGUGCCUUACCCUGAGAAAAAAAAAAUUAGUUUCAGCAUAAGCAGCGGAAUUUAUGACUCUGAUAGCAGUAUUGCAGCUCUUCUUUUCCUCUUACAAAAUUGAGGUGUCUUCACAGCAGUAGCCCAAGUAAACGGAGGGACUGAUUUAAUUCCUAAUUUUUCUAUUGAAACGACCAUAAUUAACUGCUGAGGAGAAUCAUAUGAAUUCCAAUACUCCUAUAAAUGUUUUGGGCAAAAUAUUGCAGAGAUUGGCGUCAUGCACAUCCCAACGACUCUUACUGAGCUUGUCCUUGGGACAAUUAAUAUUUUUGACUCCUUAAAUAUUACAAUUCCUAUAAUUCCAGGGCUUUCUAAUGACAAUUCAUUAUCCUCUUCUGAGCUGUACCCUUAUUUUUCUCGAACUACCUAUGACUGGACUUAUGUGAUUAAUCAGUCCUUAAAACUUAUAUACACCCUUGGCUGGCGAAACUGCGCCGUUGUAUAUCAAAAUGAAUCAUUUUUAGCCUCAGUCUACAGUGAAUUUAUAAAAACAGCUAAAGAGUACAAUGUUAAUAUUUUAAACAGAGAAGAUUUAAGAGCUAUUCCUCAAGAUCUAAUGGAUUAUAAUAGUCUUUUGAACUAUUCUUAUAUCAUGCAAGAAGUGAUUGAUUCUAAUGCAUAAAUAAAAUGGCAUUCGGUUCGAGAGAAAUUAGCUCUGCUAAUUUUCUCUCCCUCAUGGAAUUUUAUUUAUGGGGUUGGGUUUUCUCUCGAGAACUUCCGCACAGCAAUAGCUGUUUAAACUUUGGAGAUAACCAAAGGAAUAGCUCCUCAGUGCACUCAAGAUUUCGGAGUUUUACCUCUCAGCACAUCCCCAAGGGAGGAUGACCCUCAGGCGGAACACGCGCAGGAGCUGAGUCGAGGCAAGGGCGACGGCAUCGCGCCGGGUGAGACGUGCGGCGAAGAUGGGCGAAGUGCAGGUGAAGGCUUGGCCGGUGGGCUAACCAUCGCGAUUCCAAGAUGCCCGGCGACGUCAUCAAUUUUCGCUAUAACUCCAUUUUUAUGGGGUGCGGCACUAGACACCUUAAACACCAGGCAGUUAAGUUAAGUUAAGAUUCUAAUGCAAAAUUGGUAGUCAUUAUUAUUUUUAGUCCUAUUAAUAUCUAUAUUAUGGAUGUUUUUUAUGAUCUUGGAAUCAGAAAAGGGGAUUUUGUCAUAUUUUGGGCAACCACUGCGUGGAUUAAUUAUAUAUAUCAGUUUCCUGAUCAAAAUUUGACAAAAACAAAAGAAGUUUCACUUCCUUCUUUGUCAUUAGACCAGCCUGCAUUUGUAGGUGAAGUCGGAAACUGGGUAAAUAGCCAGCUUUUAUUAGCUUACGAGAUCCCGUAUAAUUGUCUUUCAUGCUGGUCUUAUGACUCUACAAGACUCGUAAUUAAUGCUCUUGACUAUAUGAUUAAUCGAGGCUUAGACUAUUCAAAUGGAACCCUAUUAAUGAGCGCCAUAAGAAAACAGAACUUUUCUGGCUGCUCAGGGAGUAUUAGAAUCGAGCCAGACAACAAUAACCGGUUUAUUAAUUCCCUUGUAGUCAAAAAUGCUAUAUUAAAUGAAAGCAGUGGGCAAGUCAUAUUAGAAGAAAUCGGCAAUUGAGCCCCUUCAGGAAAUACCUUACUUAUUAUGAAUAAGCCUAUAGUUUACUAUGGAAAUUCCUCACUCCCCCCCUUUAAUUGAACAAAAAUAUAGGUAAAAUUUCCAUUGUUUUGUUAAAUUAACUCCCUUUAAAUUUUGAAAAAUUCAAUUUUAUAAUAAAUAAUUUUAUAGAUAAAAAUCAUCAUUUUUGUGUAAAAAGUUUUGAUAUAAGUUAAAUGUUUCUUCUUAAUUAAAAUUAAAAAUUUAGUUAUAUCUUGCUCUUAUUUAAAGAAGAGAGUAUUAAGAGCGUCUUAUUUAAAAAUAAAUUUAUUAUCCUUAAUUGCUAAAUUAUUUUUAAAAAAAAAUUUAUUUUUUCGAUAAAAAAAUAUAUUUUUUAUUUAAAUAAUUUUGAUAUAAUUACAUGCGAAUUCUUUGCAAAAAUUGAAAAUUUACUUAUUUCUUGUUUUAUUUUAAAGAAUAGAGUAUAAAUAAUAUCUUAUUUAACAAAAUUAGCACAUUGAUCGAUAAAUUUUCUAAAUUUUUUUAUAUUAUUAUUAAAAAAAUAAUAAUUUUUGUGUGUAAUAGUUUUUGAUACCAAUUAAUAGUGGCGCAUUAACUAAUAAUUAAAAUUUAGUUAUAUCUUGCUUUGUUUUAAUGUAUAAAGAAUUAAUAGCAUUUUAUUAAACAAAUUUAUGAAUCUAAUUCGAUAAAUUUUUGAAAUUUUUUUUUAUAAAAAAUGUUAUAUUGAUAUUUUUUUUAAAAAAAAAAUUAACCCCCCUUUAAAUUGGAACAAAAUUUUUUGUUCCAAUUUAAAGGGGGGCAGUCAGGCAAGCCAAAUGACUUUAGAAUUGUAUUAAAUAAUUGUAAUUUUAGGGAAUCACAAAUAAAACCAUUCAUGAAAGGGCGAUAUUUGAUGAGUGGUAUAGGGAUUAUUGUCGUCGUUUGGACGUGCUUUAUCACAUUUUGUGCUUGAAAAAGGUGAAGCCAGGUUGUAAUCCCUGAGCUUGUAUCUCAAGAAGAAGCCUCAAUCCAAGAUUUUAUUAUGGGCGCUACCAUUAUCAUUGAAUUUUUUCAACUUUUAAUGCUAGGACCUAGCAUUAAGCCAAUUAGCCCUUUUUUAUAUUCAAUAGGAGAUGCCUUAUCUUUAAAUUUUGACGAAUUUAUUACAGUGAAAAACGGAAUUUUUUGGAUUAUUAUUGACUUUGUUUUUGGUGGGGUAUUUAUAUGGGUAGUUUUAUCAGUAAUUGUGCUGCUUAAUCUUGGGGAGAAAAAGUUUUGAGGAGACCGAGUAAUUAGAAAGCUGAAUGAUUAUGCUGAAGAUUUGAUUCCGAUUUUAGGAAAUUUAUGCUUUAUUCCUUUUAUUUCGUUACUAAUGGAUGUAUUUGUGUGUGAUAAAGCUAUUGGUGACAGAUUUACUGAUAGCUUUAUGAUGAAAGACUGCUAUCAGUUUUGUUGAAAAGACGAGCAUUUGAUAUACUCCAUCUUUUCUGGAAUUGCCAUCAUUUUAUAUGAGCCACUUGCUGUUUUCUUCAGACCUCUAUGACAAGAAAUGCAUACUUUAGCCCAUGUAAAGUAUCUCCCUAUACACCUAAUGGAAAAAUCAUUAUUUCAGAUAAUUUUUAUUGUGCUGAAUAAAACAGUAAAACGUGCCCAAAGCUUGGCUUAUGGGAUCAUAUUUACUAUUAUUUCUGCAUCAUAUGCAAUCUUUACUCUAAAAUACAAGGCUUAUAAUUAUGAAAGGUUCAGUUGGUGGCUGUCUUUAAGCUUAUUUGGAGUAUCUUGAGGAUCGAUUUUAGCUAUUCUGUGUAGCCAUAAUUAUUUUUUUUAUAAUUAUUGCAUUCUUGGAAUACCAAUUUAUUAUAAAAAGAUAUACUAUAAAAAAUGAAACAGGGGACAAUUCUUUUAUAUGGGUCAUUCUUUUACUUAUAGGCUGAUCUCUUAUAAUAGGUGUAGGCAUAACAGUGCAGCAAGUAAAAUAUCCAAGCUUUUUAUAUCGAGCUCAAAGCAUAAAUACCGAAAAACUCUACCAAUUUGCUUUUUCUUUUACUACAAAAAACAUAUUUGAAUUAGAUGUAGCGGAUGUUAAUUUUUUGACAUAA